ACAAAACUCCUCUUUAUCCGGAAACACCAACAUAAUACAGAGGUACUGACAGAAGCCGCUCUGCAGCCAUGGAGGAGAAUCGCAGCAGCCUGGCUGGAGGUGCACACCCGUCUGUGUCGGGGGGACAGAUGGACGGACACAUCUAUGAGGUUGCAGUACAGAGCAACUCCACUAAUCACAGCUCUCAGUUUGCAGAUGUGGCUCUGCUGCAAAGGUUCAAGCCUCUCAUCAUCCCCUGUUAUGUGCUUGUGGUGGUGGUGGGUGUCAUUGGGAAUUACCUGUUGCUCUAUGUCAUCUGCCGAACCAGAAAGAUGCACAAUGUCACCAACUUCUUCAUCGGGAAUCUGGCCUUCUCUGACAUGCUCAUGUGUGUGUCCUGUGUCCCUUUCACUCUGGCAUACGCCUUCAAUCCACAUGGUUGGGUUUUUGGCCGAUCAAUGUGUUAUCUUGUGUUCCUCAUCCAACCCGUCACAGUCUACGUUUCAGUCUUCACACUUACUGCUAUCGCCGUGGACAGAUAUUAUGCAACCGUUCAUCCCUUGAAGAAGCGCACCACUGUGGGCAUGUGUGCGUCUGUCCUCUCUGGCAUAUGGCUGCUGUCCUGUGGGCUGGUGGCUCCUGCAGUGAUGCACACCUAUCACGUGGAGUUCAAGGAAGAAGGCUUCACCAUCUGUGAGGAGUUCUGGCUGGGACAAGAGAAGGAGAGACGUGCUUAUGCAUACAGCACGCUGCUGGUCACAUACGUCCUGCCUUUGUCUGCUGUCUUUGUCUCAUAUCUCUGCAUCACUGUCAAACUGAGGAAAUGUGUUGCGCCGGGCCACAGGACACAAGACCAGGCCGGCGCUCAACAGGCCCGCAAGAGAAAGAUCUUUCGCUUGGUUGCACUGUUGGUGUCUGCCUUUGCGGUGUGUUGGCUUCCCAUCCAUGUGUUCAAUGUGCUGCGAGACAUAGACAUUCACCUCAUCAACAAGCGCUAUUUUUUGCUGAUACAGCUGCUGUGCCACCUAUGUGCCAUGAGCUCAUCUUGUUGUAACCCCUUCCUCUACGCGUGGCUGCACGACCGCUUUCGCACCGAGUUGCGAAAGAUGUUCAAGUGCCAGUGCCAUCAUCGCAUCGGCAUGCCCGCCAAUCACUGUGCUGCCAGUGUGGUCCUGUAAUCACCGACUUAGUUACUAAACCUUUAAUGUGGCGCCGGAUUUGUGGAUUUCAUCACGGCUGCUUUUAAUAUCCACAUAAAUGGCCAUUGAGGAGAGUUCUGAUUAUUCUGGGGUGUUUGAAGGUGUUUUGUCCAAUGUAUGGUUUGAGAAACAGUAUUGUCAAUUGGUUUGCAUAAUCAAAUCAGUAUUCAUCCUCAUCCUAAUGAAAAAAGAGGCUGAUCAUUUGACAGAAGGUUGUUGUGGUAUGUACAGAGUCUAUCAUGGCCAUGCCAGUGAAUUCAAUUGGCAUCUGCUAACAGGAUUGUCAUUAUUGUUAUUUAAAAUGAUGGGAAUAUAAUAUAUACAUUUCAGCAGCACAUUCUGUGGAAAUGAAAAGUAAUUUGUGCAUUUAUAUGCCGCUUUUAUAGUCCAAUGCCAUUCACACUCACAUUCAUGCAGUGGACCUACUGUAUAUGCAACGCUUUUUCCUAUCACACAUCUUCAACGAUUCACACACUGCCAACACAGCGGUCAGGAGGACCGUGUCGGCAUUAAGUGUCUUACCCAGGUACGAAUUGUGGAAAAAGUCAUGCAUUUACUCAUUUUAGUUUGAGGUGCAGGAAACUUUCCCAUGACGGUGGUGUGAAAUUAAAGAGUGUUGUCACUCGUGUUUUUAGUAUCUCCCACUAUGGAAAUCACGACCAUCCGUACCAGUGUUCAGACCAGGAACAACAGUUCCAGACAUGAUAUCUGUGUCUGGAACAGUGUUGGAUGAACAGAUCGAUAGAUCAACAGCCAUCUGAGUUUAAAUCUGGGUAACGUCGAGAGAUUUGACUGUGGACAUUUCCUGGAUUUUGCGCUCACAUGACAAAUACAGCAGGACAUGGUCUGGAUCAGAUGUGUCCACAGAAGCAGAAAGAUCUGAAUGGAAAGAUUAAAUCAGCUUCCAGCUUUCCUUUAAAG